GUCCGCGCUGCACAGAGCCGAGGGCGAGGAGGGCGCGGCCGCGAGAGGGCGCGGCGAGCGGCUGGCGCGCGGGGCCGGGUCGUUGCCGAGGCCGGGUACGACGCUUUCGGAGGGUCCCGGGGCCGAGGGAGCGCGGAGGGCACGCGCGCCAUGAACCCGAAGGCGGGCGGUGAAGAAGAGGACUGCGUGGACUCUGGCGCCGAGACCGGAGGGUCCGACUACAGCCAUCUGUCUUCCACCAGCAGUGAGCUCUCUGUGGAGGAGGCACAGGACCCUUUCCUGGUGAGCAUCCACAUCAUCGCCGACCCAGGGGAGUCACAGCCACUGCAGGAAGCCAUCGACAAGGUUUUGGCAUGGGUUCACCCUGAUCUCCCACUGUUUCGAGUGUCUGAGCGGCGCACAGUCAGGCGAAGGCGGAAGUCUCCCAAGGGUGCACAGCCGGCGCUCGCAGUGGUGCUGUUCCUGCAGGAGGAGUACGGAGAGGAGCAGAUCCUACAGGUGCACAAGGUGCUGCAGCGGCCACCCUGGCGCCACCACCACACAGAGCGAGUGCAUGGCCGCUUCAUACCCUACCUGCCUUGCAGUCAGGACUUCUUCACUUUGGCUCCUGGGACUCCGCUGUGGGCAAUCAGGCCGGUGCACUAUGGCAAGGAAAUCGUACGCUUCACUAUCUACUGUCGCCAUAACAGCUAUGCUGACAGCCUCCGCUUCUAUGAGCUGAUCUUGCGCCGGAGUCCCAGCCAGCGGAAAGCAGACUUCUGCAUCUUCCCCAUCUUCUCCAAUCUGGAUGUGGACAUUCAAUUCUCCCUGAAAAGACUACCCUGCGACCAGAAGCCAGUGCCCACCGACUCCUCUGUGCUGGAGUUCCGAGUGAAGGACAUCGGGCAGCUGGUACCACUCCUUCCAAACCCCUGCAGCCCUAUCAGCGAAGGGCGCUGGCAGACCGAGGACCACGAUGGCAACAAGAUCCUUCUGCAGGCACAGAAGACACACAAAAAGGUCCCCAAGUGCAGCAGAGUGCAUCACUCCUCUGAGAAGAAACCUCGUUCCACUCCUCCUGCAGCUGUCGACACACCAAACACAGGACAGGGCAGCAACCAGACAGCCCUACAUGACAGCCCGUCCAACCAGAUGGCCCCGAUCCCUGGGGACAAGCAGGAGUACAGGCCACAGUCGAGCACCUCCGGCCCUGCCUGGUCUUUCCAGAGAAGCAAGUCUUUGUUCUGUUUGCCCAGUGGAGGCCCCUCCCCAACUGAACCACAGCCACUGCCAACUGGUUCCCAGAGACACAGCGCAUCAGAGUGGAAGCCGAGCCGCCUCAUGUCCAUUGAUGACCUAGAGGGGGCCCAAGAGACAGAUGUGGACACGGGCCUACGGCUGUCCUCCUCAGACCUGUCUGUGGUCUCUGCAUAUUCUGCCCCCAGUAGGUUUUGCAACACAGUCGAGGCAUCCCUCUCCUCUGAGAGCUGUAGCAGCCACUGGCCAGCACAGAAGAGUCCCAAGAAAGGACCACUGCCCGCUGCCAGUGAGCUGAGCCCAGACACUGCCUGUGUUUUGCACCCUCUCUUCUCGAAAGGGUCCCACAGCCCUGCAGAGAUAACCACUCCUGGUCUCUCAGCUUCUGGUGCCUCCCUGCUCACAGAGUCAUCCACACCCCUACCAUGUCAUGACCCGAAAGCCACACAGGGUGUCCAAGACAUGCUACUGCCUCCAACACCAGUUGGUCCCGAGGCUGAUGACAUGGAGGAGUUCUACAUCUGAGUGUAUCUUGGCAGUCACAGAAACCCGAGCACCACUGUCCCUGGCUCUCGGUUAACAGGGUGCUCUCGGUCCCAUUUGCCAGCUGACUAGAACUGAGAGACUGUUAGUAUGUUGACCAUGCCACCUAUCCUUAGCUGACAGGUGCCAUAUUUCUAAAGGUUCAGGGAAAAAAAAGAAGAAGAAGAAAAGAAACAAACACCUGACAUUUUUGUGGAAAUAAAUUUUCAACACACUUAAAUUAUAAAAUCUAUUUUUGAAUGCUCAAUUAUACAAUUUAAUGCUUCAUAUAAUUAUUUGAAAUGAAAAAGAAAACAUAGCCAGAGCUGACUUGACAAUUGUUCAUACUCCAAAAGUAAAAUAACUAUGGCCAAAAUGUUAAACAGGAAAGGACACCCAGUGACUGUCCCAGCGUCAGUGUGCAGUACAGAAUGCAUGCCUUCCUGGUGCCCACUGUCACACAGGAACACAGGACCCUAGAAUCCAGAGGUGCUGCUUCCAGUGGUUGCUACAUAGAACAGCCAGCAACGUACAGCAGACAGCAGAACUCCUUGCUUUGAAACCUUUGAGCACUUGAAAAUCUGGGUCUACACACAGUUGGCUAGCACACUUUAUAAAGACUUAGCAAGAGUAACCAAUGCCUUGCACACUUACGAAAUACUCUGAGUGUGAAAGCUAGUUUUGCACACUCUCCCUCAGCCAACUCGUGUUAUUAAGCAAGCCUGCAGAGUGUGCCCUCUGGACUGUUUUGUGUAAGAGGACUUGUUGCCUGCAGUUACAGUAACAGGUUACGAAGUGGGCCGGGGAAACAGGUGUGAGAAUCUCUGGCUUUAAAGAGCACACAUUUUAAAAGGGCUACAUGCAUCUCUCCGUAAAUGACCAGAGCCAUCUUUUGUAUUUUGUAGCACUGUCUACAGUAAACAGUUAAAAUGUUUGGAACCUUUUUGGCUGUCCUUUUGAUUGCCCAUGUGAGCCAGUGCCCCAACCCCCAAAGUAAGAAAGUGCAGCUCCGCCUGGCAGGGCCAGCAUCCAGUGAGUGCACAGGAACCUUGGGGAGAAGGGCACUGCAGCCACACCAGCUUUCCCCAUCUGUUGUCCGCUGCUGCCACCGUGUGAAUGGUGACCAGACCUCCUGGUAAGGCUAUGUUUACAACCCCACCUCACCAAUGCCAACUUCUAGCAUUGGGAGCGAUGCCAAAUUACCCCCAGAUUCUGAUUGUCCUUGGGAAAGAACCGCCUGGUGUUCUCUGCCCAGCGUGGUGCUUCUUGCCUCUCAGGAAGGGCCCACACCAGCUCAGAUGCAACCUCAGAGCUUCCCAGCAGGGCCUUCAAGCUCUUACCCAUCACCGUCCAUCAGCCUCACCAGGAAAGCCUGGGGCUCUGACUUGCCUCAGACACUUUGGACUUCCCAGGACUCUGGGUUCUGCUCCAGUGUAAAUAAAUAAAAACAUGGUCUGUUCUGAUUCUGGAUCAGGAUUAAGCCAACUUCUGAAAAGGGCUAAAUGAUAAAUAUUUCAAAGUUUGUCACAUCAUUUUUAAACUUUAUCCAAAUGUGUUGCUAUCGCUUCUACUGCAGCAUGAAAAAUAAAAGAUAUGUGAAUGGGA